AUGUUGCUUAAUAGAAAUCUCCAAACAAGUCAAAAGCAAGAAGCUGCAAAGCAAUGUAAUUGUACGAUAGCUGAUGUUGAGAAUGCGCUUGCAAAGUUCACGUGGGCUAAGGAGGCACAAAAGAAGAUAGCAAAGUUAAAAGAAGAAGGGAAACCACUUCCAAAGAGUCUGGCAGAGGUGCAAAAAUUGAUGGGGUCAUCACCACUCGAUGUUGCUAGGUCUAACUUGGCUAAGAGUGGACAGAUCAGCCGGAAUGCACUUUGUCCAUGUGGUUCUAAAAAAAGAUAUAAAUGGUGCUGUGGCAAGGAUUCAAAGAAUUAAGAAGCUACCAUAUUAGAGGUGUUAUCGACCAAGGAUUCAAAGGCUCAAGAAGCUACCAUAGUAGAGGAUACUACAUCUGUAUUCAAAAAUGAGAUUGAUCCUCAACAUGGUAGAUAUCAAGGUGCAGUCUCAAAUAAUAUCUCUCAGGGUUAAUCUCCUUAGAUUUUCCUUAAAGUAGUAUUUUGCCUAUAAAAAGGCACAUAAUUUUGCGAGAGGAGAGUAGACAGAUAAUUCCAACUUGCUUCUGAUGGAUUGCGAUGGAACUAUUUGUUAUAAAAUGCAAAAAAUAAAGCUUUUGUGGCAGAUCCCACCUCAUUAUUGUUGUUA